AUGAUCGCUGUGCCUCUGAGGCUCCUGGUAGAGGGGGCUGACCCUCCCCCUUCUGAGAGGUGGAGCCACACGCAGGAUGUUCCGGGGUUCCCGAGCCCCCACUCAUCCCGCCCUGCUCUCUGUCUUUCAGCCUUGAAAAGAUCUUUCGAGGUCGAGGAGGUCGACACGCCCAACUCCACGCCACCCCGGAGGGUCCAGACGCCCCUGCUCCGGGCCACCGUGGCCAGCUCCACCCAGAAGUUCCAGGACCUGGGGGCGAAGAACUCGGAGCCGCCCGCCCGCCAUGUGGACGCCCUCAGCCAGCGGUCCCCCAAGGCCGCUCUGCGAAGGGUCGAGCUGUCGGGGCCCAAGUCUGAGCCCAUGUCCCGGCGCACCGAGAUCUCCAUCGACAUCUCGUCCAAGCAGGUGGAGACCGCGGGCACCCCCGGGCCCUCGCGGUUCGGGCUGAAGCGGGCCGAGACGCUGGGCCACAAGACGCCGGAGCCCACGCCCCGGAGGACGGAGAUCACCAUCGUCAAACCCCAGGAGCCAGCCCACCGGAGAAUGGAGACCCCCGCCGCCAAGGUCUCCGAGGUGUCCACCGCCCCCACGGCCGACCCUGCCCCCAGGAGGGUGGAGAUCCAGGUGCCCAAGUCGGCCGAGGUGCCCGCCGCCCCCGUCCCGUCCCUGGAGAAUUCAGAGCCCACCCCGCUGUCUCAGCUGCAGAGCAGGCUGGAGCCCAAGCCCCUGCCUCCCUCGGCCGAGGCCCCACCCAGGAGCCAGGAAGGUGAGCAGCCAAGUGCCCCGUGUGGCCAGGGGUGGUGA